GUGAAGAAGAAGAAGAGUGUGUGCUAACAAACUAUUAUACACAAUUUUCACGUGAAUUUUUAUUAAAAAUUGAUCAUUAUGGAUAAUCCAAAUAGUGAAUUUAGCGAAAAGCCGGCUCCACAUGAGCAUCAGCCACGUUUAAACGAAGUGGCCCAGAAAUUUCUGGCCGAUUUAGAUGAAGAACGCCAGCGUUUGUCCGCCGAGUUUCCAUUGUGCGCACUAUUAAUUGACGAAGCUGUGGAUAGAGUGUACUGUACAGGUCGCAUUCCUGGCCGUGAGUUUUAUGCAGACGUUUACAAACAGAAGCCCAUGAAAAUAACCCAGAAGGUGUUUGUGCCUGUUAAACAAUAUCCAAAGUUCAAUUUUACUGGCAAAAUCUUGGGGCCCAAAGGCAAUUCAUUGCGUCGCCUUCAAGAUGAAACACAGUGCAAGAUUGCCAUCAAAGGACGCAGCUCCAUUCGUGAUCGUGGCAAGGAGGAACAGCUGCGAAAUUCUGGAGAUCCCCGUUAUGCUCAUCUCCAGAAAGAUCUCUUCCUUGAAGUUAGCACAGUGGCAACGCCAGCCGAGUGUUAUGCUCGCAUCGCUUACGCUCUGGCCGAGAUCCGUAAGUAUCUAAUUCCAGACAAAAACGACGAAGUCUCCCACGAACAGUUGCGCGAGCUAAUGGAAAUGGAUCCCGAAUCUGCCAAGAACAUUCAUGGGCCCAAUUUGGAGGCAUACAGAUCCGUUUUCGACAAGAAAUUCGGUGGUAGCAGCGGUGCUCCGAAAUACUUGAAUCUUAUCAAAAGAACAGCGGAAAAUCCGCCCGAAGCUGAAGAGGCUGAGGAGGUGGCCUACGAGUACGAUCAUAGAAUGGCCAAGCGUGGGGCACCAUCGGGAUAUGAAUAUACCAAACCACGCCCAUCAAUAAUACCAACAAACGCAGCUGCAUAUAAACGGCCUCAGCCCUAUCAAACUGACAUGAAACGUAUGCGCGAACCACCCAUCAAGUCUUAUAAACCCAAUUCGUACACCAUACUCAAAAAGUAUAAAUAAAAGCAAGUGAUCAGAGAGGCAAAAUGAGUUGAAAUUAUAUAUUCAUAUAAUAAUAAUGAUAAUAAAACAAAAAAGGGACAUGCUAAGAUGAUGUAAUAGUUACAAAACCAUUAAGAAUAAUAUUAUUAAUUUAUAAAUUAUAUCAAGAAAUCCUCUCAAUUUGUUUUGGCCUUGGGCGAAAACAGUUUUGAACAGAAUUACCAAUGCCCAAUGCUAAAUAAAUAUGAAGUAUAAUACAUUAAUGACAUGGAAAUUAUAUACUUAUAAAUGAUUUUAAUUGAGAUGAAUUUAAUAUAAAAUGUUCACGUCCGCUCAUUAUCGCUGACACUGUAAGUAUUCCCAUAAUUUGGCAACAAAAGCGUCGUGAGCAACCCAAAAAACUAAUUACUUAUUACUUUCAAAUUAUUUAUAAAAAAUUAAGUAAUAUCAAAAA